AUGGAAAUUUUACCUCAUCCACCCUUCUCUCGCUACCUUGCUGUGUUGGAUUACUCAAUUUUCAUAUUCUGGAAUCUUAUUUAUUUCAUUCUUCUUUUCAUUCUUUUCUUAUUUUCUUUUCUUCUUCAUUCUUUUUAUUUUGAACUUUUUUUAUUUCAUUCUUCUCAUACAUUUCUUAUUUUCUUUCUCAUUCCCUUUUUGGAAAGUCUUUUUUAUUUCAUUCUUCUUUUCAUUCUUUUCUUUCUCAUUCUCAUUCUUCAUUGUCUUUUUUUAUUUCAUUCAUCUCCUCAAUCUUUUCAUAUUUUAUUUCUCAUUUUUUUUGUUCUCUUUCUUCAUAGGUCUUUUUUCAUUCUUCUUCUAAUUCUUUUCUUUCUCAUUUUCUUUCGCUCUCUUUCUUCAUCAUUUUUUAAUUUCAUUCUUCUAAUUCUUUUCCCAUUUCCUUCUCAUUUUCUUUUUCAUUCUCUUUCUUCAUAG